UCUCGCAGGUAUUCGAUAUAUACAGGUUUCAUUGUAACUAACUUUGGCAGGUACAGGAAUUUUUGCUAAUUGCUUGCCGUGGUCUCUGACCCGAAUCUUAUCUUGAAUACUGUCAAGCGAUGCGUGUAAUCCAAGGGGAUGCAAGGAAUUGCCUUCUUGAAUCAGUGUAUGGGUCCGUUAGCAUACAAUUUUUUUUAUAUUUAUCGAAGUUUCGUAUUUCAUUGAAUUGGAAUUUUUGCUGCUGAUUUGGAAGAGAUUUCUGACAAUCAAGAGUUUAAACCCAGGAUAUGCGCUGUUUUGGGAAAUCCAACUUGUUGAUCGGCAAAUUUUGCAAUUAAAGGUUGCCAUCUUCCUUUACCAUAUUGGAAAUAUACAGGAGUUUACUAGAGCUUGCUAUAUAUAAGGACAUCGCAUUUUGCGUUUCGCAACAAAGAAAAACAUGGGCGUCGUGGACUGUAUUAAUAGGUACAUACCUUGCUUACUUAGCAGAAAGACUGCCUUCAUAUCGAUGACAUUUUUGCUUUCAGCAUUCUUCUUGACAGAAAUAGUGGUAGGGUAUAUCACAAAUUCAAUGGCGCUGAUUGCUGAUUCAUUUCACAUGUUAUCAGACGUUGCGUCUCUUAUAGUAGGCUAUCUAGCGCUUAGGUAUUCAAAUAUCGAAGCACCAAAGGAUAGGUAUACAUUUGGAUAUGUAAGAGCAGAGGUAAUUGGAGCGCUCGUCAAUGCCGUAUUUCUUGUAGCGUUAUGUUUCUCUAUUUUCAUCGAAGCAAUGAAACGACUUGUUAUGGUUGAAGGUAUAGAGGACCCACUUCUUGUUUUCUCUGUUGGUGCAAUUGGACUGAUAGUAAAUGCUUUUGGAGUCUUCCUUUUCCAUCAGCAAGGUAUCCAACAUGGACACAGCCAUGGAGGGCAUGGUCAUAGUCACGGGGGACAUGGACACAGUCAUGGGGGACAUGGACAUAGCCAUGGGAAUGGGAAAGAUGUCAAAGAGGGUGAAGAUACAGCUAAUAGCAAUAAAAAUGUGGAUGAUCCAGAAAAGUCGCUUGGCUCAACAGAGUGUUCUGGUGUUGGAUAUGAAAGCUAUUCCCAUUCUGUCACAGAUACUGAUGACGAGAUACGAACUCCGAGACCGGUCAUGAAAUCAGCUAGUCAACUGAACAUUAACGGAGUCUACCUGCAUAUUUUGGGAGAUGCCCUUGGCUCUGUAAUUGUGAUGAUAAGUGCAUUGAUUAUUCUAUUAGCACAUGGCACGUGGACACUUUAUGUUGAUCCUGCAAUGAGUAUAGUCAUGGUUCUCAUCAUAUUAAAAACGUCGAUUCCACUUUUGAAAGAAACGUCACUGAUUCUUAUGCAGACUGUUCCAACGCAUCUUAACGCGGAAGAUAUCAAAACAAGGUUAUUGCAGACGAUCCCUGGAAUUCAGGGAGUCCACGAGUUUCAUGUAUGGCAGCUUUCUGGUGACAAGAUUAUAGCAUCGAUACACGUCAAAUUCCGCGACAUAGAAGACUACAUGUCAAGGUCGAAUGAGAUAAAGAAGUUUUUCCACAAGGAAGGCAUUCACUCAACUACAAUCCAACUUGAGUUUGACAACCCCAGCGAGCCGACUGGCUCCAAAUGCAUGAUCGUUUGCACGGGUGACAAUUGUGCAGACAUGACGUGUUGCAAAGUAAACGAAACAACGACAACCAUAGACACGUAUUCAUUGGAGGAGAAGGCACAACAACAACAACAACAGCAACAGCAACAGCAACAACAGCCCUAAAUAAGCGGCGAAUGCUGAAGUGGAGAACCAUAAUGAGGCCUGACUCCAGGGUUACUGGGCUAGGGCCAUGUAGAGGUCUGACACCCCCAAUUUUUCAUAAGUUUCUCUGUAAAUUUUUAGUUGGUGUAAAAAUUCCCUGGUUUGUCGGUAAAAUCGAUGUCGGUAGGUUAAAAAGCACCUAUAUUUCUCUGUUUCUAUUUCUUCGUUGAUAAAUUUUACUACUCGUGGUCCUCCAGCCCCCCCCCCCUAGUCUAGAAGGUCGAGCUACGCCACUGCUAGGGCGCUCGGGGGCCCAGCUUCCUCUCAAAAUGUCAAAAGCUGGUCGAUUAUAAAUCUCGUUCAUGGAACUUGAGAUAUCUUUGGAAAGCUCUUAGUGUUUUCUACAUCACUAAAGUAAAUCCUAGCAAAAAGAGCCUAUGUGUCUAACACCUACAGACUGUUUUUCUUUGGUUAACCACGUUGUACGUAUAAGCGUGUUUAAGCUUGACGAGGAAUUAAGGAAUAAGUCUGUCUGUAAGGACGCAGCCCCUGACCCAUUUUUGAGACAAGGCAUCACUACUGUAUAAAUGAUGACGUUUAUUCAUUAUCACCAUACAUCUAUCAACCGUCAAUAGAGUACUGAAGUGAUAACGUCAUAUAAAAAAUAUAUUUUUAGAAUUUGUGAAUUUUGAUCCCAGAACCUGAAUCAGAGCAUCAUGAAAUACCUCUAAAUAUGCAAAAACAGUUAAAGGCAUUAAGAACUGGCUGAGAUAUGGCCACAUUAGCACAGGCUCUUGUCCCAUCAAACCUCUGUAAUUUGGUCUUGGUUCAUAACUGUAUGAACCAGACCAGAACAACAGUGAUCCGUUAGCAAACUUGAAAUCUUUCAUUGGCCAUAUCUUGCCCAAUUUUGAACAUAUCUAACUAACUUUGCAUGUUGAGAGGCAUUUUAUACUGUUAUUUCAGAUUAUGUGGCCAAAUUUAAGAAAUUCUAAAAAAUAGGUAUUUAAUGACGUCAUCACUUCGGUACACUACUGCAGGUUGAUAGAUGUAUGGUCAAUGAACAUCAUCAGUUCUACCUGAUGACGAGAUAUACUCAAAACGUCGUACAAAUAAUUCAUUUCUUGUACAAAGUCGCUAAUUCAUUGUACCUAUUUUUGUUCAUACUUCAGAAGUGCUUGGGCAAGUUGCAAAUUGAAAACAAUUACCAUAAAACUACAUCUAGCGUAAUCAAGUUUGGGUUAUCUACAGGUCGUCAGGGGUCCAUUUAAAGUGUUUUCAAUAUGAUUUUAAAUUUAUUGUGCCUGCCAUUGAUGAAAUGUGAAUGCACCCUUUUUAUAAAAAUAUUGUUUGUAAGUAUAUUCAGGCUCAAAAUCAUCAAAUUUUUAAGAAUAUUCUAAGAGUAUUGCUUAGCCUCAGUUCGCAUAUUUGGCCUCGUUGUUCAGCAGUUACUUGUUUUGCAAUUUUCAUAAAUGGGAAUCGCAAAACUGACAUCUCGUUUUUCAAAAAGGGUGGUUUUUCGUCAAGAACGGGAGAUGUUCCCCUGAAACUAUGUCAGAUUUCAAAAAAUAGGAAUUCUUUAAGAAUAUACUUAAGCUCAACAAUAUCGGAACUUGAGAUAAUAAAUUGUUCUCUUGUAACUAAGAGUGUAGUUGAAUUUGGUUGUAUCGAAAAAUCUCCCUACCUAUGUACAUAUUAAUCUUGAAGGAAAAAUAAAAAUUACAUUCAAAGACCGAUAUUCGAAUCAAAAUCCUAUCUUUUUAUAAUUUCUCCAUUUAUUCCAACUUUUGAAGAUUGGAAAAUCCUUUACUUUCCUAUUAAGCUUGACUUUAUCUAAAAGUUGUCUGUAUACCGGAGUCGAGAGCUUCAGAUCCUCAUAAACUAUUUGACUGUGAAACUACGUAAUUCUUGUAUAAAGUUUAUUAAUAAUGUCUUUUUAACUUUUAUACGUUAUUGAUGAUUGAUAAUAGCUUUUUGAGAUGAAAUUAUCGAGCAAUAACAUUUUUAUUUGCAGAUCGUUUUCUCUUCACAUGUCAAUUUAUUAACGGACGAACAGGGUCUUAUGGCGCUCGAGUUCGUCAAGAGAUUGUAAAAGGAUAUUUGCACGCAAAAUAAAUACGGCAACCGAUUUGCGUUUCUUUGCCUUCAUUUUGCUGGCGUGAGUGAAAAGUCAAAUGAAAAAUCGAGGGAAAGAUCGAAAAGUUUGGCCACCCAUACUCGACUUAGCUCGAUUUUGAGAUCAAAUGUCGAGAGAAAGAUCGAGCGAAAAAUUGAAUCGUUUGGCCAAGGCUUAAAUCUGAUGAAAAAACUUUGGGGGCGGGUUAUGUACAUUAUCUAGAUCGUCACAUUUAAAUGGCAUGAGACAUGUGACAUUUAAAUGAGGUGUUUCCUCCGGAAGAAAACGUUUCCAACAGGGAAACAAGGACGUGGUCCAAAGGGCAUGGUACCUGACACCCCUUUUGUCCCCCCACUUAUCCCAGGCUGGAGCCGCCACUGUUUAGGGCUAUAGUGGAAAAAUUUGUAUCAUUUGAGUAUCACCAUUUUUGUCGGUAGAUUUUCACGAAUACAUAAAUAUGAAAAAACUACAAUAUUUCCUUUGGAGACAGUUGGGUUUUUUUUCUUUGCGAUAUAAGAGGGGCAGCCAUAACAAAACCAUAUAUACUGUAUUACGUAUCAAUCACUAUAUCCUCAAGGGCACAUUUUAGCUUGGCAUUUUUUACUUGAUUAAUAAUCCAGUAUCAAAAAUCUGCUUAUCCAUUAUCUAAAUUCUAAUAGUGUUUAUUAUUAGUGGGAUAGAUAUUUAAACAUUUUUUUUACCCCCUACCAAUGCAUUUUCAAUCAACUUUAGAAAACUCUAAAAUUUCUGCGUAAAGAUUAAGCAGCAGAUACCACGAUAUUAGGGUUUUAGCCCCUAAUAAUUUUCUAAAUGUGCUUGAAACUAUACAAAAAUCGCUCUGCAUUUGGU